AUGACAGCUGGCAAGAAAGAAUGUGUUGGUAGAGGUAAUGAUAAAUUACAGAAGCGAUUCUUGCUUACUUCAUUGAAGAAACUUUACACAAAAUAUGUAAGCGAGGGAGGAAAAGCUUCAUUUUCAACUUUUAGACGAAAUAGGCCAAGAAAUGUGUUACGGCCAAAGUUGAGUGAUAGAAACACCGUUGCAUGUAUAAAACACAGUAAUUUAGCCUUCAAAGUUGCUCAUUUAAAGAAAAUUGGCGUUAUAGGUACUUCCGAUUUGCAAGAAUUACUUGCAUCGAGUGUGUGCAGCGUUGAAUCGUACGACUGUAUGUAUUUAAAUUGUGAAAAGUGUAAAGACACCAAUCCUGAAAUGAAUUUGACAGAUAUUACAAACAAUACAGAAUGCACAUGGAUACAGUGGAUUAGAAAGGAAUUUACGUUUGAGAAGGGAAUAGAAAGAAAAAUUACUACUACAAAGAAAUAUGCUAAAGAAAGUAUUAAGGGUACAUUUUCAGAACUCAAAGAAAUGUUUUUAGCUGAUCUACGUGCAUUCCGGCAGCAUUUCUUUAAUAUAAAUCAUCAGCACAAAAAAUAUCGAGAAGUUAUUGAUAACCUACUACCCAAUGAAGCAGCUCUAAUAAUAGAUUUCUCAGAAAAUUAUUCCUUCUCUGAAAUUAAUAUUCGGGAUGCACAGAACCAGAUACCGAAUGACUUGGAUCCAGUACCACUUACUACACGAUUACAUCAAAUUACUUACCAUGUUCCAUCAACAACACUAAGGUACCGCAAUGUCAGUUGUUUCUGUAAGUCAUCUUUGCCAAGAGGGAUUUGCGAAUGCUACAACGCGAAAACUCACGUCCUGAAAAAAACUAUAGUCCACAAGAUAAAUUGUUCAACCAAUGUUAGUAAAAGGAUGCGCAACAAUGAGGAAGCGGGGCAAUUGAAUGAAUGCGGAGCAGUGCUGCCAGAAAUUCCCGUGGUUUCACAUCGAAUAUCAACCAAUGACAUUGACGUUAUACAUGACGAAGGUGGAAUUUUUCAAUCGAAAACAAAAGCAAGUAGUUGCAUCAUUCGGGAAACUGCUGGAACAAAAAUUGUAUUGAUGGCAAAAAAUCAGAAUUCACUUAAUAUUAACACUAACGUCUUGACGAAUGUAAAACAAAAACCCAAGAUUAUAUCGCAAGUUAUAAUUCCGCCCUCAAAAUGUACCCCAAAAAUUGUUACCAAUAAUGAAAAUAAAGAAAACUUAUCAUCACUUAACACUAAAAACUAUGACCGGCUUAAACGAAAAACGAGAAAAGAGAUUAAAAGAAAAGAUAAGAAGUUAAAAAAGAAAAAAAGAAGAAGAUGA